UGCGCUCUCUCUCUCUCUAUCUUUCAUAUCCUUUGAUUAAAGGUUUCAAGCAGGCAAGGUAAAGGACUAAGGAGCUAUGAAGGCGAAAAGCGGUUUUGGCUCUAAUUCCACCGCCGAGCAAGUUACUCAACACUUUUCUUCCAUGCCUCCCUCCCAUCUCACUGCUCUCAUUACUGGGGCGACCUCUGGAAUUGGAGCUGAAACGGUGAGAGUGCUGGCGAAGAGAGGAGUGAGAGUAGUGAUUGGUGCGAGGAACAUGAAGAAGGCAAGCGAAGUGAGAGAGAAUAUCCUGAAAGAGAGUCCACAUGCUGAGGUUAUAUUGCUGGAGGUUGAGCUCAGCUCCUUUGCUUCCGUCCAGAGAUUUUGUUCCGAGUUCUUGGCUUUAGAUCUUCCGCUUAACAUUCUCAUAAAUAAUGCAGGGAUUUACUCUCCCAAGUUGGAGUUCUCUAAAGAUAAAAUUGAGAUGACCUUUGCAACAAAUUACUUAGGACCAUUUGUGUUAACGGAAAUGCUAUUGGAGAGAAUGAUAGAAACAGCAGAGAAGAGUGGCAUUGAAGGAAGAAUAGUAAACGUGUCUUCAACAGUCCAUAAAUGGGUUAAAAGAGAAGCUUUUCAAUUCGAGGACAUGAUUAACGGAACAAACUUUAGCAGCGGGCGUGCAUACGGGCUGUCAAAACUAUGCAAUAUUUUGCAUGCCAAGGAAAUGGCCAAACAGCUAAAGGAAAGAAAUGCAAGAGUAACUAUAAAUGCAGUCCAUCCGGGCAUGGCGAUGACGGGAAUUAUGGGAGCUCACAAGGGUCUAUUGGCAGGUGUCUUGCUUUUCGUCGUGUCCAAGUUUCUGAAAUCGAUACCUCAGGCUGCAGCAACGACGUGUUAUGUUGCGGUGAGCCCACAGACAGAGGGGAUGAGUGGGAAAUACUUCUCAGAUUGCAACGAGAGUGGCUGUUCGAGUUUAGCCAAUGACGAAUCUGAAGCUCUAAAGCUAUGGAACAACACACGGUCCCUCCUUCACAAACUUCGAGCUGCAAUUUGACCCCUCCUUUAAUUUCCUGCACCUCUGCCCCAUGUUAUUCUCCGUUUGCUUUUGGCUUAUAAAAACCAGAACCCACCGAUGCAUAUCUUCAUUUGAAUCGUAUUAUUUCUGGUCAAAAGAAAAUUAUAAAGUUAUGGAUUGAUAUUAUAGAAGGAGAGAGAUCGAUUGAGAGGAAAAUAAACUCUAUAUACACUCUCACUCCUCUCUCUCUCUCUCUCUAUAUAUAUAUAUAUGUUUAUAUAUCCAAUUAUAUAUGUAUAAUAAAUGUUGUAUUUGUUCC